CCCAUCCCUGUCUCUGUAUCAUUUCAACAGAAACAGCAGAACCAGAGCUUUACACAACUCCAGGAAAUUAGCACAGUGAAGUUUCUGUUGUGAAAUCGUCAGUCUCUGUGUCUCGCUGCACCAAGAAUGGCUUCAAACUUGUGGUCAGAGGAUCAGUCUAGUUGUUCAGUGUGUCUGGAGAUAUUGAAGGACCCAGUCACUAUUCCAUGUGGACACAGUUACUGUAUGGGGUGUAUUAAGAACUGCUGGGAUCAGACUGAUCAUACAGGUGUCUACAGCUGCCCCCAGUGCAGGGAGACCUUUACCCCAAGGCCUGUUUUGUGCAGAAACACCAUGCUGGCUGAAGAUGCUGGAGAAUUCAAAAAGAGAAGGCUCAAUCCUCCUCCUGCUCACAGUUAUGCUGGACCUGGAGAUGUGCCGUGUGAUUUCUGCACUGGGAGAAAGUUCAAAGCUGUGAAAUCCUGUUUGACGUGCCUGGCCUCUUACUGUGAAACACACAUCAAGCCACACAGUGAGGUUACUCCAUUAAAGAGGCACAAGCUGAUCAAUGCAAUUGGAGAUCUGGAGCAGAAGCUUUGUGCUGAACACCAACGAUUAUGUGAGGUAUUUUGUAGAACUGAUCACAUGUUUAUUUGCUGCUUGUGUGCAGACAAGAAACACAAGAGCCAUGAUACAGUCUCAGCUGAGACAGAAAGGACUGGGAAACAGAAGCAGCUGGGAGAGACACAGACAGAAAUACAACAGAGAAUCCAGAAGAGACUGAAAGAAAUUGAGGAGCUGAAACAGACUGUGGAGUCACUGAAAAGAUCUGCACAGAGGGAAAUAAAGAUAACCAAGAAGAUCUUUACUGAGCUGAUCCGAUCCAUUGAGAAGAUCCACACUGAGGUUAUUGAGCUGAUUGGAGCUAACGAGAAGGCUGCAGUGAAUCAGGCUGAAGGACUCAUGAAGAAACUGGAGCAGGAGAUUGUUGAGCUAAGGAGGAGAAAUACUGAGCUGAAACAGCUUUCAGAGACAGAGGAUCACAUCCAUUUU